AUGGCUGCCAAGGGGGGGGAGGGCAGAAGGGCGGCUCAGGGGGGCUUCUCGCCUUGGCUGGUGAGGCAAGAAGGGGCGGCGGGCAGCGAGCGGGUGGCACAAGCGAGAGAAGCGCGGCUGGGCAAAUGGCUUGCGAUUACGGCGGCAGGGGGUUGCCUGGCGCUGCUGCUGGGGCUGCUGGGGCUGGAGGUGCCCCCGUGCGGAGGCUGCCCGUCGGACUGCGUGUGCUACCCGUCGCCCAUGACCGUGAGCUGCCAGUCGCACCAGCUGCCGGCCAUCCCGGCGGGCAUCCCCGAGGCCAGCGAGCGCGUCUUCCUGCAGAACAACCGCAUCUCGCUGCUGCUGCGCGGCCACUUCAGCCGGGCGCUGGUGACCCUGUGGCUCUACUCCAACAACCUCACCUUCGUCGACCCGGCCGCCUUCGAGGGCUUCGAGCACCUGGAGGAGCUCGACCUGGGCGACAACCGCGAGCUGCGCGCCCUGGCCCCGGACACCUUCCGCGGGCUGGCCCGCCUCCACGCGCUGCACCUGUACAAGUGCGGCCUGGCCUCGCUGCCCGCCGGCCUCUUCCGGGGCUUGCACAACCUGCAGUACCUCUACCUGCAGGACAACCAGCUGGCCGCGCUGCAGGAGGACCUCUUCGGCGACCUGGUCAACCUGAGCCACCUCUUCCUGCACGGCAACCGCCUGCGCAGCCUCCAGCAGAACACCUUCCGCGGCCUGGUCAACCUGGACCGCCUGCUGCUCCACCAGAACCGGCUGCAGAGCGUCCACCGGCGCGCCUUCCACGACCUGCGCCGCCUCACCCUCCUCUUCCUCUUCAACAACAGCCUGGCCGAGCUGCCCGCCGAGGCGCUGGCCCCGCUCGGCGCCCUCGAGUACCUGCGCCUCAACGGCAACCCCUGGGACUGCGGCUGCCGCCUGCGCUCCCUCUGGGACUGGCUGCGGCGCUUCCGCGGCUCCAGCUCGGCCGUGCCCUGCGAGUGGCCCGAGCGCAGCCGCGGCCUGGAUCUCAAGGAGCUGCGCGCCCAGGACUUCGCCGCCUGCGCCGGCGCCGAGUCCCUCCACCAGGGCAAGGGCGCCCCCCGCCGGCCCCCGCUGCUGCAAGCCUCGUCGGCCGAGAAGGGCAAGGGCGCCUCCUCCUCCCGCAAGCCCGCCAAGAGCUGCCCCAAAGGCCGCAACCGGACCGCCAAGCCCGCCUCGCUGGGACCCGGCAAGGCCGCCCAAGGAGAGAUGCAGGACCAGGAGCACAAGCUGGCCUUCGACCUGCUGCCCGCCGGCCUCCCCCCCAAGCAGAAGGGCAAGUGCCCGCGGACAUCGCUCCUGCCCCCCAGCGGGGUCCAGAGGGCGGCGGGCGGCGGGGUGGGGAACCGGGGCGAGCGGGCUCCCGGCGCCUGCCUGCUGCUGGCCUCGCUCCUCGCCUGCCUCGCCGUCCUCCGCUGA